AUUAUCAUAAUGUCCCCGAGUGUCUUGUGCUCCCCACGAUUUACUUUCACCUCACUCCCGAACACUACCCUAAUUGCCCUAUUCUCUCUUCCUUCGUCCCAGCGACCACAAAUCACUGCAAUUCAAGGUUUGAACUUCAAAUGGCGAGCGCUGUAGAUGCUUCCGGAAACCCGAUCCCAACGUCGGCGGUGUUGAUGGCGUCGUCGAAGCACAUUGGGAUAAGGUGCCACUCCGAGAAUUUGGAGUUUCUGAAGUGCAAGAAGAAGGAUCAGAACCCUGAAAAUUGCCUCGAUAAAGGUCGUGAUGUCACCCGUUGCGUCCUUGGCCUUCUGAAGGAUCUGCACCAAAAGUGCACAAAGGAGAUGGAUGAUUAUGUUGGCUGCAUGUACUACCAUACAAAUGAAUUUGACUUGUGUCGCAAAGAGCAGCAAGCAUUCGAGAAAAAGUGUUCUUUGGAAUGAAAUUAUGCACUGCUGUUGUCGAAAAUAAUAUCACAGGCAAUUUGGAGUGAGCAAAUGAGCCUGUUUUCCAAAAAUUCAUUGACCUUUUCCGUUUGUAUGACAGUGUUGGAAUCUAUACCAUUAACUAUGUUGGUCGUCUAAAUUUUUCUAGAGAAAUGCAUCCAAGCAAGACAAAACAAGAUCCUCUUCAAACAUAAUAACUGACAAGAAUUUUUGAAGUUGGAACAUGCUUGUAAUUUGAUCUCUACGUUUGAAAUGCAUAUUUCUUGUGCUUUAAAAAAAA